AUAACAAACCCGCCUGCCUCAACUGUCAUCCCCGUUGUCGCCUCGGCCUGUGUCGGCGUUGUUCAGCGACGCGGUUAUUCUCGAGGGGGGAAACACAUACCGGGUUGUUUUUGUUCGCUUUGUACCGGCGAUAACAAUCGCUCGAUCCCGACUGACCUCCCCGCGCUCCUCCGUUAGCUUGGCUUGCUAUAACAAUGAGCGCCAUCAUGAUGACAUGCCUGUGAAACUGGCAGCGACUUCUUCUGUCGCUUAAAAAAAAAAAAAAAAAAGAACACUUCCGCUUUUUUUUUUUGGGUUGGUGGUAGCCGACUUGAAAAGAACAGAAGCGAAGAAGAGGCAGGCGGCAAUGGAGCCACACGCGGCGACGGGCUGCGUGAACGUGGGCUGUCUGACCAGCGCCUUGCCGGUGAUCCCUUACCAGAAGCUGACUGACUUGUACUACCUGAGCAAAGGGGGCUUCGGCACCGUGUUCAAGGCUCAACACUCCGACUGGAGGACCACCGUGGCCAUCAAGUGUCUGAAGUUGGACUCCCCUUUUGGUGAAAGAGAGAGAAAGUGUCUGCUGAAGGAGGCUGAGGUCCUCCACAAAGCCCGGUUCAACUACAUCAUCCAGAUCUUCGGCAUCUGCAACGAGCCAGAGUUCUUUUGUAUCGUGACAGAGUUUAUGAGCAAUGGCUCCCUGGAUCAACUGCUGCAUGAGAAGGACAUGUACCCCGUGCUGGCCUGGCCUUUAAGGCUGCGGAUCCUCUAUGAGAUCGCCUUGGGAGUCAACUUCCUUCACAACAUGAACCCGCCCCUUUUACACCAUGACCUGAAGACGCAAAAUAUUCUAUUGGACAGUGAAUUUCAUGUCAAGAUUGCCGAUUUUGGUCUUUCAAAGUGGCGCCAGCUGUCUGUCAGUAAAGGGUCUGGGUCUAAACCCUUGGAAAUUGGCGGCACUGUGAUCUACAUGCCUCCUGAAGAGUAUGAGCCCUCCAAAAGCCACCGGGCUGACGUGAAACAUGAUAUGUACAGUUAUGCCAUCAUUAUGUGGGAGGUACUUUCCAGACAAAUUCCAUACAAAGAAGUGACCAACCCCAUUACGAUCAUGUUCAAUGUACUUCGUGGGAUGCGUCCUGACACAAGCCCGGCUAGUCUGCCUGAUCAAAUCCCUAGCAGGGACACCCUUGUUUGCUUAAUGAUCUGCGGUUGGACCACUAACCCUGAUGAACGACCUUCCUUCCUCAAGUGUCUGGUAGAGCUGGAGCCCAUGGUGAGGAAGUUCAACGAAAUAGAAUUUUUGGAGGCAGUGCUAGAGAUCAAGAGAUCAAAGCUGGUCCAGAGAGCCAGCUGUUGCACAGCACAGCCAGUGAGCAAAAAGACGUCUGAGAACGGAACUUUGACAAGGCUUAAAGACAUGGCUUGGCCUUGGCCGGACAGCGCCACCUCAGGAUCAGGCUCUAGUUCCUCCCAGGAAACGGACAUAUCACUGCCAGGCGCCCUCUCCAGCAGCAACAUGGAACCUUCCAAAGAGGGCGCCCCACUGUCAGUCAUUCAUACGCUGGAGCUCCCUGAGUCUUUGAAGGACCCCUGUGCUAAUGGCUUCCAGAGCACCAGGCUCAUAGACAAACCUGAGCUUCCUAUACUGGACGUCCAGACCCAGCUGGAUGGCUUCACUCUCACUGCAAACUGUGCAAAGAGUCAUCGACAAGAGAAUUCUCCUCCGUUGUGCUGCUCGCCGCCGUCGCAGGGUCCUAUUGGUCAGUGGGUCUCAACACGGCGCGAAGAGAUCGUCGCACAGAUGACGGAAGCCUGCCUCAACCAGAGCUUGGACGCCCUCCUGGCACGCUCCAUGCUGAUGAGCGAGGAUUACGAACUGGUGGUCAAUCAGCCCACCCGUGCCGCUAAGGUGCGCCAGCUGCUGGACAACUGCCACAGGCACAGUGAAGACUUCUGCCGCGUUGUCGUCCUGAAGCUGCACCGCAACAAGCAGACGGGCCUGCAACCGUACCCUAACGAGAUCACCUCUGCCACCACAGUAACGACACCCAGCGCGCCGCCACUCCCCGUGUCCUACAACAUCCAGAGGAACAUCAGAGCCAUAAAAAUGGGGGAUCCCUUAAGACAGAAGGUGGAGGCCAUGUCCCAGACCAUGUGCCCGAGACGCCGCGUUGCAUCUGAAGAGGACUUGAAGGCCCCACAAGAUGACAAAGUCCAGCUGAAGAGAGAAAUCUCCCUCGUUAACGGCAUCUGUCUCAUCGUGGGCAACAUGAUCGGCUCGGGGAUCUUCGUCUCCCCAAAGGGAGUCUUGAUGCACAGCGCCUCGUAUGGACUCUCCUUGCUCAUCUGGGCCCUCGGAGGCAUCUUCUCGGUGUUUGGGGCCUUGUGUUACGCUGAGCUGGGCACCACCAUCACCAAGUCCGGAGCCAGUUACGCGUACAUCCUGGAGUCCUUUGGCGGCUUUCUGGCCUUCAUCCGCCUGUGGACGUCCAUCCUGCUCAUCGAGCCGGCCAGCCAGGCCAUCAUUUCGCUCACAUUCGCCAACUACCUGGUGGAGGCCUACUACACCACCUGCAACGCCCCUCCCAACGCUGUGCGCCUCAUAGCUGCAACCUGCCUGUGCAUGCUCAUCUACAUCAACUGUGCCUACGUGAAAUGGGGGACCAUGAUCCAGGACAUCUUCACUUACGCUAAGCUCUCAUCCCUCCUCCUCAUCAUAAUGGUAGGAAUUCUGAAAUUAUUUGGCGGAGAGACUAAGAGCUUUGAGAGUCCGUUCGAAGGAUCCUCCACAGAUCCCGGAGCCAUAGCCUUGGCCCUCUACUCCGCACUGUUCUCCUAUUCGGGCUGGGACACGCUUAACUUUGUCACAGAGGAGAUUCAGAAUCCAGAGAGGAAUCUACCGCUUGCCAUCGCCAUCUCCAUGCCCAUCGUGACCAUCAUCUACCUGCUGACCAACGUGGCGUACUACGUGGUCCUAGACAUGCCAUCUCUGCUGGCCAGUGAUGCUGUUGCUGUGACUUUCGGGGAUUCAGUUCUGGGACCUUUCAAAUGGAUCAUCCCGGUAUCAGUGGCCAUGUCGUGCUAUGGAGGACUCAACGCUUCCAUCAUUGCUGCUUCACGGUUGUUCUUCGUGGGUGCUCGAGAGGGUCACCUCCCUGACACCCUGAGUCUGAUCCACCUGGAGCGCUGCACGCCCAUCCCUGCACUCCUGUUCAACGGUUUAAUGGGCCUCAUCUUUCUGUGCGUGGAGGAUGUGUUCCUGCUCAUCAACUAUUUCAGCUUCAGCUACUGGCUCUAUGUGGGCCUGUCUGUGGCCGGCCUCAUCUACCUGCGCUUCACCCAGCCAGACAGACCCAGACCUGUCAAGCUGACCUUGUUCUUCCCCUUCGUGUACUGCCUGUGCAGUCUGUUCUUGGUCAUCGUCCCGCUGUAUGGAGACACCAUCAACUCGCUCAUAGGCAUUGGCAUCGCCCUCUCAGGGGUGCCCGUUUACUAUGUGGCGAUCCACCUGCCUGAGGAUAAAAGGCCCAAGUUCUUACGCAUCCUGAAUAUCUUUACGACAAGAACAACCCAGAAAAUGCUCUACUGCUGCCUGACCAGCGACCACAAAGCAGGACGAGGUGUUAACAGACAGUAAGGUCAGAAGUUGUCAAGGAGUUGUUGUCCACUUCCUAAAAAACCAAGGCCUCCCCGGCCCGUCCAUGUGCUGCAUGACGUUCUGUCUCCUGGAGCGUGACUGGUGCCAGGUCAAGUUUAAAAAAAAACCCAGAGGUGUCAAAUAACUGGCGAGGAGCAAAACCAGUCUCACAGGAGAUCACUGAGUAUCUUCCAUGAGGAUUUGAACUAAACUUCCUUGUAGAUAUGGAGUUGACUUGUUUAAAAUAUAAUUUUUUUUAUGCUGGUACGAACAAAGCAAAGCAUUUUGUGACUCUUUCACUGUUGACCAUUUGUAUAAGGAUACUUUU